AUGGAUUUAAAAUUGCGAAACGCUGCAGCGCCAAUUCGCGAGAUGCAUGUGGCACUUGUCGGAAUGGCUGGCUCGGGAAAAUCGGCGCUCACCGUCAAGUACAUCACGAAGCGCUUCAUUGGCGAGUACGAUCCGAUGCUUGAAGACACCUAUUGCCGUCAGGACACAGUCGUGCAACAACCGUUGAUGGUUUGGUUGAUGGAUACGGUCGAUGAUGCGAAACGCGAUGAUAUGCGAUGGAUCGCGUGGGCCGAUGUGUACCUAAUCGUUUACGAUGUCACCAGUCAAUUGUCGUUACAAUACGCCGAGGGUUUACUCGAGAAAAUCGCUCAACACGAGCAUUUGCUUUGCGCAAGAGAACAUAAAAGUAUUCUCUUGGGGAACAAGAGUGAUUUGGAGAGAUAUCGACAAGUCAGCGAGGCGGAUGCCUCCCGCACGGCCACCAAGUACGGCGCUUCGUUUUUCGAGACGAACGCUGUUGGGGACGCCCGUCCUUUAGCCCAACUCUUGCACGAGACCUUCGCAUCGAUUUUGACCGGCACUCGCUCACCGUCACCGCGAAUGUGCAGUUCGGACUCGGAAAUAACGAAUAGCACAAGAAAAUCGGAAUCGCUCUAUUAUGUUGGUUGGCUA